AUGACUCUCCUUCAUUAUUUUGCUCGUCUGUGCCCUCAGCUGAAACCAGAUCUGAAGCAUAAAGUCAUCACUCUGUUAAAGAAUGAGCUGAAGAGAUUUAAGAAGCUCCUGAGUCCAGAUUACCCAGCAUGCUCUGAGAGGGAGGUGGAGGAUGAGGAGGAUCAGAGCAGUGUCAGAGAGGGAGCGCUGAAGAUCACACUGCACGUCCUGAAGAUCAUGAACCACACAGAUCUCGCUAACACACUGCAGAACAGAUUUGUCUCUGUGUACCAUCAAAAACUUAAAUCCAAACUGAGAGAGAAAUGUAAAAGAAUUAAUGAAGGAAUCUCACAGCAUGGAAGCUCAGCACUUCUGAAUGAGAUCUACACAGAUCUCUACAUCACAGAGGGUGGGAGUGGAGACGUCAAUAAUGAACAUGAGGUGAGACAGAUUGAGACAGCGUCCAAGAGACCAGCAACACAGGAGACACCCAUCAAAUGUAAUGAGCUCUUUAAAGACAAGUCCAUCAGAAGUGUGCUGACUAAAGGAGUUGCUGGAAUUGGAAAAACAGUCUCUGUGCAGAAGUUCAUUCUGGACUGGGCUGAAGGAAAAGCAAAUCAGGACGUCACCUUCAUGUUUCCACUUCCCUUUAGGGAGCUGAAUUUGAUGAAGCAGGAAAAUCUCAGUCUGAUGAAUCUUCUUCAUCACUUUUUCCCAGAAAUAAAUAAAUUACAAUUAAUAAACUGUAAUGUUCACAAAGUGAUAUUCAUCUUUGAUGGUCUGGAUGAGUGUCGACUUCCUCUAAAUUUCCAGAACAAUGAGAGUUUGUGUGAUGUGACAGAGUCAGCCUCAGUGGAUGUGCUGCUGACAAACCUCAUCAAGGGGAAUCUGCUUCCCUCUGCUCUCCUCUGGAUAACCUCUCGACCAGGAGCAGCCAAUCAGAUCCCUCCUGAGUGUGUAGACCAGGUAACAGAGGUACGAGGGUUCAGUGAUCCUCAGAAAGAGGAGUACUUCAGGAAGAGGAUCAGUGAUCAGAGCCUGGCCAAUAAAAUCAUCACACACAUGAAGUCUUCAAGAAGCCUCUACAUCAUGUGCCACAUCCCGGUCUUCUGCUGGAUUUCAGCCACUGUUCUAGAGAGAAUGUUGGGUGAAGCAGAGAGUGGAGAGAUCCCUAAGACUCUGACUCAAAUGUUCACACACUUCCUGAUCUUUCAGAUCAAACACAAGGACCAAAAGUACCAUCAGAAAUGUGACCCUGAUCCUCAGCAGACCAGAAAGAGUAUCCUGGCACUGGGAAAACUGGCUUUCCAACAGCUGGAGAAAGGAAACCUGAUCUUCUAUGAGGAAGACCUGAGAGAGUGUGGCAUUGAUGUCAGAGAAGUGUCAGUGUACUCAGGAGUGUGUACCCAAAUCUUCAGAGAGGAGUUUGGGCUUCACCUGGGGAAGGUGUUCAGCUUUGUACAUCUGAGUGUUCAGGAGUUUCUGGCUGCUUUAUACACAUUUCUCUCUUUCAUCAGCAGAAAUGUAACAGAACAACAAACCACUGAUCUGUCUGAUCUUUUAACCAAAUCAAACAUGUCUGAUUUCCUGAGAAGUGCAGUGGACAGGGCCUUACAGAGUGAGAAUGGACACCUGGACCUGUUCCUCCGCUUCCUUCUGGGUCUCUCGCUGGAGUCCAAUCAGACUCUCUUACGAGACCUAAUGCCCCAGACAGGAAGCAGCUCUCACAGCAAACAGGAAACAGUCGAGUACAUCAAGGAGAAGAUCAGGGAGAAUCCAUCUCCAGAGAAAUCCAUCAAUCUGUUCCACUGUCUGAAUGAACUGAAUGAUGAUUCUCUAGUGCAGGAAGUACAGCAUUACCUGAACAGAGGAGAUUCCUCGUGUCUCAGGGGAGUCAGACUCUCUCCUGCUCAGUGGUCAGCUCUGGUGUUUGUGUUGCUGAACUCAGACGAGAAUCUGGAUGAGUUUGAUUUGGAGAAAUAUGACAGAUCAGAGGAAUGUCUUCUGAGGCUGCUGCCAGUGGUCAAAGCAUCCAGAAAAGCUAAGCUGUAUCGCUGUAAUCUCACAGAGGAAAGCUGUAGAGCUCUGUCCUCAGUUCUCAGCUCAAACUCCUCCAGUCUGAGAGAACUGGACCUGAGUAACAAUAAUAACCUGCAGGAUUCAGGAGUGAAGCUGCUCUCUGCUGGACUGGAGAAUCCACACUGUACACUGGAGACACUGAGGCUGCGUGACUGUAAUCUCACAGAGGAAAGCUGUAGAGCUCUGUCCUCAGUUCUCAGCUCAAACUCCUCCAGUCUGAGAGAACUGGACCUGAGUAACAAUUAUAACCUGCAGGAUUCAGGAGUGAAGCUGCUCUCUGCUGGACUGGAGAAUCCACACUGUACACUGGAGACACUGAGGCUGCGUGGCUGUAAUCUCACAGGGGAAAGCUGUAGAGCUCUGUCCUCAGUUCUCAGCUCAAACUCCUCCAGUCUGAGAGAACUGGACCUGAGUUACAAUAACCUGCAGGAUUCAGGAGUGAAGCUGCUCUCUGCUGGACUGGAGAAUCCACACUGUACACUGGAGACACUGAGGCUGGAAGGCUGCAGUAUUACAGGUGAAGGUUGUGCUGCUCUGGUUUCAGCUCUGAAGUCAAACACCUCAUCACACCUGAGAGAACUGAAUCUGAACCACAAUAAACCAGGAGAAUCAGGAGUGAAGCUGCUCUCUGAUCUACUGAAGGAUCCACACUGUAAACUGGAGACACUACAGCUGCGUGACUGUAAUCUCACAGAGGAAAGCUGUAGAGCUCUGUCCUCAGUUCUCAGCUCAAACUCCUCCAGUCUGAGAGAACUGGACCUGAGUUACAAUAACCUGCAGGAUUCAGGAGUGAAGCUGCUCUCUGCUGGACUGGAGAAUCCACACUGUACACUGGAGACACUGAGGCUGGAAUACUGCAGUAUUACAGGUGAAGGUUGUGCUGCUCUGGUUUCAGCUCUGAAGUCAAACACCUCAUCACACCUGAGAGAACUGAAUCUGAACCUCAAUAAACCAGGAGAAUCAGGAGUGAAGCUGCUCUCUGAUCUACUGAAGGAUCCACACUGUAAACUGGAGACACUACAAUUUAAGCCGCUUUAAUUCUGAUCUGAUCUGAUCUGAGUCUCACACACAGAGGAUGAUGAGGAGAAACUCUUACAGUACAAAGUGUUUGAAAAACAUGAUCAUUUAGUGAUAAUCAGAUGGUGUACAACAUGUCAGCACUUCUGCUUCUCUAGUUGUUUGUAAAAAUGCACCAGCUGAGAUAAAUAAACUUUAACUGUACAGUAAUGAAUCUUUUCUUAUUAACAGCAAAACAGAAACUGUUAAUGCACUUAUAAUGACAUUUAAUAGUUUUGUAUAUACAGUAUGUUCAUGUUUUUCCAUUUACAUUAGCAGAAGGAAACAUUUAUGUUUAAAACACAUUAUAAAUAUUUUAUAGUAUCAGUUCAAUGCAGUAAUUUGGUCAUUGCUCAAAGUUAUACACUGUUUAUACACUGAGUUAAAGUCAUUUGUUUCCUACUGAAGUUGUUAGAAAAUUAAGAUUAGAAAAGUUUAAUUUAGUCGACUCUGUACAUAAUUAUGUUUUAAAUUUAUUAAAUCGUGUGUUUAUAUAUUUUUAA